CCUAACACGUACCUGAGUUUUGCCCAGGUGAAAACAGAAGAAGAGGAGGAAGAGAUAUGGGGUGUGGCUCACCCAAGUACAGGGUUCUUCAACGUCAAGAAGGAGGAAGAGGAAGAAGCCAUAGUAUAUCCUAUACAGCCUAAUGACAACCCAAGCCCCACUUCUGACAUUACCAGCCACAGUUCUGAUGACUCCAGCCCUGACAAUGGCCCUAGAGCCACCCCUGACAAGAACAACCCCGCCAUAACAACGACCCCAGGUCUGGCCCUGCCAGUGGAGAGGCAUCGGACAAGGACCCUGCUUCCGGAGAGGAAGAUGAGGAGGGAGGGAGAGGAGCUCCAAGAUCUCAGCACCCAGGACUAAGCCCAACAAGACCAAAGACGGUCAUCAGAGGCCGUUCCCCUGCUCUAGGUGUGGGAAGCGUUUAUCCACCACUGUUAGCUUAGACAAACACAGAGAUCAUCCACACCCGACUGAGACCGUACCCCUGCUCCGUACCGGCCUGCACCAAGAGGUUCUGCUCACCAGCCGAGCUGAAGAGACACACACUCACACACACAGGAGAGAAACCAUUCCCCUGUCCAGACUGUGACAAGAGCUUCACCAUACUGGCUGCGUUAAAGACCCACCAGAGAACACACACAGGAGAGAGACCUUACGUCUGUGAGGUGUGUGGAAAGGGUUUCGCCCAAACGGGGAACCUGAGAUCCCACGAGCGCAGGCACACCGGAGAGAGACCGUUCUCCUGCUCCUUCUGUGGGAAGACAUUUGUGGAGUCUGGCCAUCUGAAGAAGCACCAGCGUAUCCAUACAGGAGAGAAGCCGUACCACUGCAGCAGCUGCCCCAUGAAGUUCCCUUCCUCCAGCGAGCUCAGGGUCCAUGAGAAGAUCCACAGCCAGGACAAGCCUCACAGCUGCUCCUACUGCGACAAGGCAUUCAAACAGCUGUCCAACCUCAAGCUCCACCAGAGAAUACACUCUGAGGAGAAGCCUUACGCCUGCUCCUACUGCGACAAGACCUUCCGUGCUCAGGGGACCUUAAAGGUGCACCUGAGGACUCACACAGGAGAGAGGCCUUACCCCUGCUUAGACUGUGACAAGCGUUUCAUCACGUCCUCAGAGUUAAAGGUGCACCAGAGGAUUCACACAGGAGAGAGGCCCUUCUACUGCUAUGACUGUGGGAAGAGUUACUAUCAGCUGAAGCAGCUGAAGGAACAUAUGAAGUUCAACCCGGACCACAGCACCACACGUAGCGGACUCAAUAACAUAGAGGACGAGGACAAGCUCUACUCUACGUCACACGAUGAUGAUGUAACGAUGUCUUGAUUUAUUUUUUUAGUUGGCUAYAAACAAACAUUUUUUUWAUUUAUUUAACCUUUAUUUAACUCGGCAAGUCAGU